AUGAGGCUGCUGCUUUCAAUCCUGGGGGUCCUCACCUUGUUAUCCAUACUUCCUGUGGCCAGAAGCUUCCUGGCGAAUCAGGAGUGUUUUUCCGAGUACCGCCACUGCAGGAUGAAGUGCAAAGCCAACGAAUACGCCAUCAGGUACUGUGCGGACUGGACCAUCUGCUGUCGGGUGAAGAAGAAAGAAGCCAAGAAGAAGAUUAUGUGGUGA